GGAGCCCUGUGUUCCUAAACUCACAGGCGACUUGGUGUCGAACACACARUAAAGUGUGAAGAUACACCUAAAGAAAACGGGAAAUGCUUUCUUUCCAAGCUAUUUUCUGCCUUAUUUGUGCAUGCUGUGUUGCCUUAGCUCCUAUAGAAGGUGUAAAAGCCAGUGCAAYCAACAGUACAAGUGUGUCCACAUUUGAUUGUAUAUGCAAUACAUGCUCUGGUGGCAAAAAGUGUCAGUCUACCAUAGCAUGUUUUUCAUCUCUGGUUAAAGAAUCUGGUAAACCUGCUGUCAUCAAGAAAGGCUGUAUCAACAACAAUGUUCAUCAUCAGAUGACAUGUUGGGGGAAAUCAAACAAGUCGUCAAGACAGCACUACACAGUUUGUUGCAAAAAGGAUGAGUGUAAUGCUCUCAUCAACCCAACUUUCCCUCCAAGUGAGCCACAGACCACUCACAAGAAAAAGUAUGACACAGAAUUCUUAGUAAUAAGUAUCUGUGCUCCAGUUGCAGCAUUAAUCGUUUGCAUUAUAGUAGUGUACAUAAUAUUCCAUAGACUUAUUAAAUACCAUGUACGGCACCAGGCAGUACCACAACAUGAGUCAGAACCUGUUGGGCAUAUCCACUGUGCCUUUAAAGCUCCAGGUAGCACACUUCAAGAUCUCAUUGAUAUAUCAUCUGGWAGUGGAUCUGGGUUACCAUUGCUGGUUCAACGAACAGUGGCUAGAGAAACCCAGCUUAUAGAGACAAUAGGAAAAGGACGUUAUGGCGAAGUGUGGAAAGGCCAGUACCAGGGUGAAUAYGUUGCUGUGAAAAUAUUCAACAGUACUGAGGAAGCAUCAUGGAAAAGAGAAACUGAAAUCUACAACACUAUAAUGUUACGUCAUGAAUCAAUUUUGGGGUUUAUUGCUGCCGAUGUGCACUCACGCAAAUCCACCACUUACAUGUGGCUCAUAAUGCAUUACCAUGAGUUAGGCUCCCUUUAUGAUUUCUUAAAUAGAUCAACCUUUGAUGCYGAGACAAUGGUAAGGUUGGCCCUAUCUGCGUCAAGUGGACUAGCACACUUGCACACGGAAAUUGUGAAUGGGACAAAUGGGAAUGGUAGUAAACCAGCUAUUGCACACAGAGAUAUUAAAUCAAAGAACAUUCUCGUCAAGUCCAAUUAUACCUGCGUAGUUGGGGACUUAGGUCUUGCUGUAUUAUACUCAGGACAGAAGGACAGUGUYGACAUGGGCGAGAACACGAAGAUCAGUGUAGGCACACGUCGAUACAUGGCACCAGAAGUACUUGAAGAGAAACUUUAUACAAAGUGUAUUUCUUCCUUUAAGAGAGCAGAUGUUUAUGCAUUUGGACUUGUUCUUUGGGAGAUAUCCCGCAGAUGUGUUUCUGGAGGYUUAGUUGAGGAAUACCAACCUCCAUUCUAUGACAUGGUCAAUAAUGACCCAACCGUAGAGGAGAUGAAGAAAGUUGUUGUCACAGAGAACAAAAGACCCUCUCUACCAAAUAGAUGGAUUGGAGACCCGGUGCUGAAUGUCAUGACCAAGGUUAUCAGAGAGUGUUGGAAUGAAAAUCCUUCAGCCAGACUGACUGCACUWAGGGUGAAAAAAACACUCUCCAAGUUAAUGGAUACAUUGAAGCCAAGAAACGACUCGCUUAACACCAGCACCCCACUUAUCGAAGACGUAAAUAACGUGAAUAUUCACAUCGAAUCUGAAGACAGCAAAACUCUACCAAUGAUKUGAUGACACGUGGGCUUUAAUCCCGAUGGAGAUGUAGGAGGAUAUGUAUCGUACACUCUUUUGGACCCCAUUCCAAGAAUAGGUUAUUAGUACCAAGUUCACCAGUAAAACUGGGUAUUUCAGCAAAUUUCUGGAAACUUCCUUACUGGGACUGUAGAUCCUACAGUACAAGUCUUAGAACUAAACAAUGUAACUGGUAGGGAUAAACGUAUGUCAUGGGCGCAUUAGACAUUGAACUUCUGUUUAGGUAUCCUAGGGCUUAAGAUCAAUAUUGAUCUAGUAGACCAUUUGUGCAUCUAUUUUGAUGACAAGACAGAUUUUCGAUGAGUGAGAAACUUAGAAUGUGACUCAAAUGGCUWGCGCUUUGAUACUUAAACCUGGUGAUUCUCACGAGCAAACGCACGUUGACACAAACAUAAGCACAAGCGAAAAGCAACGCAUGAAGAACAAAAUAUCCCGUUGUCUUGCGUUUGCGCUUGCGWCACUYCUWUUCAUAGUGRGGGGCUGGAGUUCCGUCGGCRUGCUCCGCUAGUGAGAACCAGGCUUUAAAAACACGGUUGAUGUGUGGAUGUGCUCGUGCUUUGCUCAGUACUGAGUGCGCUACCYUUUAGCAGGCUUUUGAGUUUCAUCUAGACUAGGCUGCUUGCAGCCCGACAGCGUAAAGGUCAUACUGCAUCCCGCACAAUCAUAGUUAGUAGAGAUAUAUCAAUGUUGCUUCCCUCGUUUUUCUCAGGUCGGUGUCCUUAUUCAAAAUCAAGACUUUCAGCCAAUAUUCACAUCAGCAUAUAACCUGAGUGGAAGUUUUCCUAAAGCGCAACACUUGUUAUGCCUUUAAAUUGAUGAUUAUCAGUAGAGGACUUCAAAGGUUGCACUAGGUAACUUCUWAACCCAGAUUAUUAUAUCAGAUUAGUAUAUUGUGCAUUCACUUGGGAUAGGCUGAUGAACGUCCUUGUGUCUGAAGAGGAGACGGUCUAACUAUGUGUAGGUUUAACCUAGAGUUGUAGUGUAGCUGGGGAUUGAACCGACGACUUCACGCACGACAGAUCAAUUUUUAAYCAACUGAUCCAACCGUGUAGCCCUAAAAAUGUAGUGAAUAACGCGAGGAAAGCUAUUACAACCAAUCACAUUGUUUAAAUUCCUGGAAGCCAUUUAGAAGAGUCACUUGACGUUUGUCAUUCAUUUCAAAGUUCGUAAUCUCCUUGUCUUUGCUUCCAAAACUUAGUCUUAAUCAAAAAUUCUUGUCUGGAUAACAGAACUUGGCCAGACUUUUCAAAGUCUCUAAACUUGACGCAGAAAGAUUUGACUUAUACCAAACUGAACUUGUAUAUAUGUGUGUAUUGAUUGUGGCCAAAUUUGCUGUYGAAUUAUGUUUCUGUUAAAAAAGUUAAACUGUUGGAGUACGCCUUAAAUUUCCCUUGUAGCCGUGCUUUCACGAUGUUAAAUGUGCAUUAAAUAUCCGGUCUCUCUGCGUUAAUUCUCCACACUGUCUCGGGACAGUCACUGAAUAGACUAGUGCAUGGGACACGUGAUAAGUACGAAUACCACCCCCACGCAGACUAAUCUGGUAGAAAAAUAACGAAAGAAAAAAAACAACAAAAAAGCUAAAAUGUAACGCAUAUUAUUCAAGCGACUGAAAUAUAGAAUAUUAAGUCCUA